AUGGGCGCAAAGUCUUCUAAUUUGAACAAAAAAAUUAAAACUAAAAAUUCAUCGGCACCUGUUUCAACUAAGGAGCAGAAUCAAGAAAAAUGUAUCAAUGUCGUGAAAGCUGUUGAUAUACAAUCAUCACAAAAAGAACAAUUAGAGCAAAUAUUAAAACAGACGAUUCCAUCUACUGACAAUAUACUUGAUGAACCUAACAACAGUUCUAAUAUUUCUUAUAAUAAGUCUCCUGCUUUGGAAAUAUCUAUAAGAGAACAACCAACUGUAAACAGUAGUUCAUUAUCUAAUGAACUUCAAAUGAGUAGCAAUCAAGUUUCUAAUGGAGAACAUCAAAUUACAAUAUCAAUCGAUUCAAUAAAUCAAAUAAAUAAAACAUUUGAAACUGGAUCUACAAUAUCAUUAGCAACAAAUGUACCAAGUCAAGCUAAACAAGACUUAUUUAAUACUUUUAAAAUAAUGAAACUAUCUGCUGAUCUUUAUGAUGCAUUAUUUAUUGAACAUUUAGAAGAUUCUGUGAGUCCAUUAAUUCGUGCUUUAGCUAUGCGUCAAAAAUAUAUGCACCACAGCCUUCAAUCAUAUUCAUCAACGAUUGAAUAUUUUUUAACUAAAAUUUUAGAAGACGAUGAUCAAUUACAAUGUACACCAUUAAAUAUCAAUCUACUCAAAAAAGAAGAAUCUGAUCCAUGUUGUACACCAGCUAUAAAAGUUGAAAAUCCAUUUACUUAUCCACUACUUCCACCUAUCGACGCUUGUGUCAAAAUAGAAAAAGGUAUAUAUCAUGUUUAUAUCCUUAAUGAACAAAAACAAUGGAUACCAUCUAAAUACAAAUCCAUAAAUCAUGAUGAGUUCAUUGAGGAUUUUAUGCUUUUAUCAAAAAUGAUUAAUGAUGGUCCAUUACAAUCUUUUUGUCAUCGUCGUUUACAAUAUCUUAAAAUGAAACAUGAAUUACAUGCUUUAAUUAACGAAGUUAGAGAAUGGUCCGAAGCUAAAUCAGCAUCAAAUAGAGAUUUUUAUAAUGUUCGAAAAGUUGAUACACACAUUCAUGCAGCAGCAGCAAUGCAUCAAAAAGGUUUAUUAAGUUUUAUGAAGAAAAAAAUGGCAGUAUCAAGUGAUAUGAAAGUUUAUCAGAAACCAGAUGGAACUAUUUUGACAUUAAAAGAAGUUUUUGUUGAAUUAAAAUUUGAUAUUAAUGAUAUAGAUACUGAUCUACUUGGUGUUCAUGCUGAACCAUUAAUGGAAGAAUAUUCAAUUGCUGCUCAAAUAUGGAGAUUAUCAUCGAUUGAUAUGUGUGAAUUAGCACGAAAUUCCGUUUUAAUGAGUGGUCACUCGGAUCAAGUUAAAAAAGCUUGGCUUGGCCAACAAUAUAAAGAACCUGGUGUUUCUGGUAAUAAUAUUCGUCGUACAAAUGUACCGAAUAUUCGAAUAGCUUAUCGAUAUGGAGUACUUUGUGAAGAACUUCAUUCAAUUAAACUUGCCUAUCAUAAUCGACACGAGUUUUUACAGAAAAAAUAG